AUGGCUGCACCGAGGAGACUUCGAAUGGCACUGCUCGAACACGAACUGGCUCAAGUAAGGUUCCAGUACAACCUGGUCCUGGCGGCAAUACUAAAAGCCGCCGAGAGGGAGCGACAGAGGGCCCGCAGAAGAGAAAGACGCUGGUGGGUGCGAGAGUGGAUCCUACGCAGAGCCCUUUUCGGCCAGUACGAGACUCUCAUGAAGGAACUCGAGGCCGAGCACCCUGCCGACUUCAAAGCCUUCCUCCGCAUGGAGCCACAGAUGUACUAUGAGUUGCUUAACCGAGUUGGCCCCCGCAUUACCAAGAGUACAACGCAUCGAAACCCCUUGGACACUGGGCUGAAGCUGGCAAUCACCUUGAGGUUUUUGGCGACCGGAAGCAGGUCCCACGAUCUUGCGUUUGCGUUUCGUGUCCCACACAACACCAUCGCCCUUUUCAUCCCCGAGGUGUGUCAGGCCAUCUACGACGUAUACGAGGAUGAGAUGUGGGCCACUCCCCAGACAGAAGAUGAAUGGCGCACGGUGGCCGAGGGAUUCGGAGACAGGUGGAACUUCCCCCACUGUUGUGGCGCGAUCGAUGGGAAGCACGUCGCAAUCAAGAAGCCCCCCAAGAGUGGCUCACUCUACUACAACUAUAAAGGCUUCUUUUCUAUCGUCAUGCUUGCGGUGGUAGACUCGAACUACAAGUUCAUCUGGGUGGAUGUGGGGUCACCAGGGUCGUGUUCCGAUGCCGGCAUCUUUAACCGGUCGCGGCUAGAGCCAGGUCUUCGUGAGGGAACGAUCGGACUCCCCCAACCGGAUUCGCUGCCUAAUGACGACCGGGACACACCCUACUACAUGGUCGGAGACGACGCCUUCCCCCUUCGGCAAUACAUGUUAAAGCCCUACCCUCAUCGUCACCUGGCAGGGGACGAGCGGUUCUUCAAUUACCGGUGUUCCAGGGCAAGCCGUGUGGUUGAAAAUGCGUUUGGUAUACUUGUCAAUCGCUUCAGAUGUCUUCUAACAACCCUGGAAAUGAGACCGUCGACAGUUACUAAGACCGUCAUGGCCUGCAUGACCCUACACAACCUCAUGAGGACUCGUUACCCCAACAUCCAGAAUGCCGAUCUCGACCGGGAAGAUGAGCAGGGCCAGUUCAUCGCGAGUGCAUGGCGAGACCAAACCGUGCUCGAAGAUGUGCAAGCAGCAGGGAACGGACCAUAUAUAUAUACUAGCAGAGAUAUCCGGCCGGGUUACGGCCGAGUUCCGGUCGAGUUCCGGCCGAGCAUCGGCCGGUGUCCCUUACAUCGGUCAGCCACCGGUACUAUUCUUUCCAAGGCUCUGUCCCACAUCGGCUGGAGCUCGGUCGGAGCUCGGCCGGUGUCCGUUAAAAAAACCUCGUCCUCUGGUUGUCUCAGAUGCACGGGACACCGGCCGAUACUCGGCCGUGCACCGGCCGACGUGUUUUCCGAUGUGGUUACGAUGGGGCUGCGAUGA